AACAAUCUUUACGUCGCUUGACAAGCGACGGACCUCUGAACUCAUGGCCUUGUAAAUGUGUCCUCAUUGCCUGAGCCGUCUUCGUUACCAUGUCGUUCGUGACAUCCCGGUUCAUUUUUGUAUUCCUUCUGGUCCUGAACGCGGUUCUUCUGUCACGGAGCCGCUACGGCCAAGUUUCAGAUGUGUCACUGAUUCGCGGGGAGAACAGUUUAGUCAAGCGGAUUUCGUUGGAAUUGAAGAAUCUACCGGCCUCACUAGAUGAACCACAUACGGACGAGUGUCGCCCUAUUGCGUUCCCUUCCAACCUACAAUGUACCCAUGUCGAGACCCAAUGCCCAAGUCCAGGAACAUUUCUUUCCAUCAACUACCUUCGAGGUUACUUUUGUGCAGAACCACAAUUACGACUGCUCGUUUUCGUAGGCCUUAUUGUCUGGCUUAUUUUCCUCUUCUCCACCCUCGGCAUCAGUGCCUCAGAUUUCUUCACGCCAAACCUUGCUACCAUCGCCCAGAUGCUGGGACUUGACGAGAACGUUGCCGGGGUGACGUUUUUAGCAUUUGGGAAUGGCAGUCCGGAUGUCUUUUCGACAUUUUCAGCAAUGCGAGCUAACUCCGGAAGUCUUGCCAUCGGAGAGCUGCUAGGAGCCGCGUCCUUCAUUGUUUCGUGCAUCGUUGGGUCUAUGUGUAUCAUUAAGCCGUUUGAGGUGAAUCCGGGACCUUUCUUACGUGACGUGGGAUUCUUUACCGUCGCGGUAAGCUUUCUCUUGGUUAUCUUGUUGGACGGUUACAUCCGGCGAUGGGAGGCUGCAAUCAUGAUUGUUCUGUAUCUCGUCUACGUCAUCUACGUCGUCGUCGGAACGUGGUGGGGACGAAGACGUAUUAUGCAAAGGCUGAAUGAAAGCUUGGCACGUUCAGAGUAUGCAGAUGAUGCGACACAGCAGCAAGAGCCUUACAGGGAUGACCCCUCUUCACCGUCACCAAUGUUAUCGCUUCCGUCACCGCCGUCUCAGCGAGUUCGCGCUAUAUCUGCUCCAGCCCCUCCGCGACUACAAACCGACCUUCCUCCAAGACCUCAUUCUCGUUCACCAUCACCAUCCUCCUCAUAUGGUCAUGCGCAUAUGCCAUCAUUCUCCUUGGUCGGGGCUCUCGAGUUCCGCCAAGUUGUGACGUCGCUUCGGCAUGAGGCAGCCAGUUCGUCUUUGACCAUGUUUGAAGGUCAGACACCCUAUGCCGGAGGCCAUUACCAUUCCCACUCUCGGUCCCGACCACGCACACCCAACAGAGAGAUCGAUCCAUGGGAUGCAACUCUAGGACUACCUCUUAACGAACGCCCACCUCAGCUUCUUGUGACGCCAGCCACCUCAGAAGAAGCUGAGGAGAUUCAUGAAAGUGCUCGUUACUUGGAUAAUGUCUCUCCUUCAAUGACGGUGUCGCUUCCGUCCAUCGCACAAACAAUAUCUGAUACUGAGACGGACUCGCAGACGUAUGUCCUGCCAUCUCCUUGGCAUGGCAUGCUUUAUAUCCUAGGAGAGAUAUAUCAUACCCUAUUUCCAUCACUGCAUCGUUUCCGCAGCCAGACUGUGCUUGGAAAAGUCGCGUCUGUUUUUGCAGCUCCUGCUGUCAUGAUGCUUACAUUGACGUUACCUGUCGUCGUAACUCCUUACGGCCACUCCCAUCGUUCCUUAGAGAAGACACUAGGAGGUGAUCAUGAUCUAAUUGACUUCGAGGAAGAAGGUAUCGAGCGAGUGUUAAUUGCCGAGGAGGAAAUACAAGAAGAAAUGCAUGGUGUCUCGUUCAACAAAUGGCUCGCAGCUGCCCAAUGUGUCCUUGGUCCACUGUUCUGUGUUGGUGUACUUUUUAGUGGAACUGCUCACCUUCCAUGGUUGUUACUCGCCGCAGGUGUCACCGGCUUCGCAACGGCCAUCUUAGUGGCUGUCUUCGCGGAGAACGGAGAGCAUCCAACGUUCCGGAUGGCACGCUGCUCUAUGGGCUUCUUUGUUGCUGUGGUGUGGAUAAUGGCCAUCGCUGAUGAAGUCGUCAACGUCCUACAGACUUUUGGCUUUCUUUUUGGACUAUCGGAUGCCAUCAUCGGUUUGACCAUUUUUGCUGUGGGCAAUUCAAUGGCUGAUUUGGUGGCCAAUAUGAGUGUUGCUGUCUUUGCCCCCAUCAUGGGCUUCUCAGCUUGUUUUGGUGGACCGAUGUUGAACAUCCUCCUUGGCGUAGGCAUCUCCGGGAUGUAUAUAACGUCCCAUACAUCAGAGCCCUACAAGCUAAAUUUUGGAAAGACGCUCUUGGUGUGUACGAUAGGACUGAUAGCGCUGUUGCUGGCGACGCUGAUCGUAGUGCCAUAUAACCACUAUGUCCUGUCUCGUCCAUGGGGCAUAUUUCUGAUACUCUCUUACAUGGUUAUCAUGAUUAUCAACGUUGUUGUUGAGCUGGAAGAGUGAUUUCAGGGCUACUCUAUCUACGUGUAUUAUGUAUAAUAUUUACACAGCUUUAUAGCUUUGCAUUGCACAGGAUUUGCACUGCCUCAGAUUGAUAUAAACAGCUCUCUC